AUGGCUCUACUUCUUACGUCACAAGUUCAGUUUUUAGCAACGCUGUCGUUCGUGGACAAUACGGGAGCGGAGGAUUCUGCUCUCUCUGCGUUUGCCAACGUCCUCAGGUGGGUAAACUUGUGGCCAAGCGAAAGCUUCUCGGAGGGUGUUGCAUCACGGAUCUUUCCGAGCGAACCCGACAAAAUCAAUGGAGACGAUGAUGGUGACGAUGAUGGUGACGAUGAUGGUGACGAUGAUACAACGAAACGAGGAAUAUCCGUGUCAUUUACCCACGACCUCGGCUCUCUGUUGUUCAUGGGAAAUCUUGCGCUUUUUGCCGGGCUUCUGGUGAUCAUAUUUUCCUUGCACAUCUUGGUGGCGUCGGGAAUUGAAGCGCACUGGCUGGCAAAGGUGAGAAAUGACCCUACAUUGAGUUGUAGGUUGGUAUCGCGAGCCGUUCCCCAGGGAAAAACAUCCAUACGUUCAACAAUAAGCAUGGCAGGUGUUUUCGGCGUGCAGAUUGUGACUAUCGCGAAACCAAAUGAUGGCGGCAUGGGUAAUGAGCGUAGAGCUACACAGAGUUGCAACGGGCAACGUAUGUUACUUACGCACCCCCCAACCAACAAACUGCCCUCCUGCCUCUGUUUCGUGCUCUACAAGCAACGGGCGAGUAGGGAGGCUUCAAGAGCCCUGGGCCAUGGCCUUUCUUCAGGCGAGCUGUCCACAGCCAUCUUGGACACACGCUUCCAGCAGCCGAGUUUGGAUAGGGGCUCCUCAGCAGGGAGGCAGUCGGCAGAUACCGUUCGGUCGCACUCAUUGAGAGGACCAUCUACGCUAUUUCGGGGCAGCAGCGACUCGGGGGAUUUGGAGAGCAAUGAAGAAGAAGGCGGACGAACGAACGCGCGUCAGAGGAAAUCGAUGGGCCGAGUGUUAGAGUGUCGAGAACUGUCGCAGUCACCGUGGCUCCAUUACCCGCACCUGGAACUCAUCUUUCUUUUCUUCGCCUUCGAGGGUGCAGUGACCUCACAGGUCUCAGCCUUGCGAAGCGCAAGUUCUUCGAAGCUUUAUUACGCGGCCUUGGUGACGCUGGUGAGGGCAUGUGAAGCGGGGGCAGUUUCAAGAGCUGUCACGUAA